AUGAUUUUCCAGCGCAAGGUGGGUUUAUUCUUUUCCCAUUUCACUCGCACCUUGAUUAAAUUAAAUAGGCUAUUAUAAUUGAUGCUAGAGGGCACCUGUUAGGUCGGUUGGCGUCUAUCGUCGCAAAGACCCUGCUUCAGGGUCAAAAAGUUGUUGUCGUUAGAUGCGAGCAGAUUAACAUAUCUGGCUCCUUCUACAGAAACAAAUGUAAAACUAAUUUUUGAAGUUACCUGCCCUUAGUGAAGUACCGUGAGUUUCUGCGCAAGCGUAUGAACACCAACCCAUCGCACGGACCUUACCACUACCGCUCCCCAGCCAAAAUAUUUUGGCGCACUGUGCGUGGAAUGCUGCCACACAAACUCUACCGUGGUAAGGAAGCCCUCGGCAAGCUUAAGUGCUAUGAGGGCAUUCCUCCUCCUUAUGACAAGAAGAAGCGCGUUGUGGUCCCCUCCGCUCUUCGAGUCCUGCGCCUAAAGCAGCGAAGGAAGGUGAGAAAUUUUCCUUAUUCGUUACUCAUCUAGUUCUGCGUCCUUUCUCGGCUAUCCCACGAAGUGGGCUGGAAAUACCAGAACGUAAUUGAAAAGAUGGAAGGCCGAAGAAAGGCUAAGGCCGCUGUAUGGUACAAGAAGAAGAAGGUUGAUGCCGUCCCAGAUCAGGCUGCACGUGGACAGGCGAAGGCUGCUAUUGCUCCCUACAAAGCCAUCCUGAAGAAGUACGGUUAUUAG